UUCAGGACCAACAGCCCAUAGGACAAGCAGCAUCUCCACCAUCCCCAAUGUCAAGGCCCUGUGCUUUCCUGAUGGCCCUGGUGGUGAUGAGCUACUGGUCAACCUGCUCUCUGGGAUGUGACUUCCCUCAGACUCAUAACCUCAGGAACAAGAGAGCCUUGACACUCCUGACACAAAUGAGGAGACUCUCCCCUCUCUCCUGCCUGAAGGACAGAAAGGACUUUGCAUUCCCUCUGGAGAAGGUGGAUGCCCAGCAGAUCCAGAAGGCUCAAGCCAUCCCUGUCCUGCAGGAGCUGACCCAGCAGGUCCUGAUCCUCUUCAGCUCCAAGGACUCAUCUGCUGCUUGGGAGACAGCCCUCCUAGACACAUUCUGCAGUGGCCUGCACCAGCAGCUCAGUGACCUGCAAGCCUGUCUGAUGCAGCAGGUGGGGGAGCAGGAACCUGCCCUGAGCCAGGAAGACUCCCUGGUGGCAGUGAGGAAAUACUUCCAGAGGAUCACUGUGUACCUGAGAGAGAAGAACCACAGCCCCUGUGCCUGGGAGGUGGUCAGAGCAGAAGUCUGGAGAGCCCUGUCUUCCUCAGCCAACUUGCUGGCAAGAUUGAGUGAGGAGGAGGAGUAAGUCCUGAUCAAAGUGGAGAGGACUCUCCUGGACUAGGACACUGCACCUCACUGCUCAGAUCCUGCUCUGUCAAGGAUGUCACUCAUUUUGACAUCAAUCAAAUAUUUCAUCAGUUAUGUAUUGUAUAGACAUUAUCUUCUAGAUUCA